CCUCACCAGCGUCUCAGCAUCAGAAGAUUCUCUUUCACUUGAGAAAAUUUUGAAGAAAACGCAGCCAUGAGUCUCAACGCCAAAGACAAGGGCUUGAUAACAGGUAUCUGGAGCAAAAUCUCCUCAAAGGCUCCUGAACUGGGUGCUGAGGCUCUGGGCAGGAUGCUGACGGUCUACCCGCAGACCAAGACUUACUUCUCCCACUGGGCUGAUACAAGUGCUGGAUCUGCACCAGUGAAGAAGCAUGGUGGUGUCAUCAUGGCAGCCAUUGGCGAUGCUGUCACAAAGCUGGACGAUCUGGUCGGUGGUCUGAGCGCCCUCAGCGAGCUGCAUGCCUUCAAGCUCCGAGUGGACCCUGCCAACUUCAGGAUCCUGGCCCACAACAUCCUUGUGACCAUCGCCAUGUACUUUCCUGCAGACUUCACUCCCGAGGUCCACCUUGCACUUGACAAAUUCCUACAGAACUUGGCUUUGGCCCUGGCUGAGAGAUACCGCUAAAUACAAGCAGCGAAGGAGCAUCAACUCACAUAGCCCAGGUGGCAUGUUAUCCUGCAUCAGUGCUACUUGCGGCAUUAAAGAGAUUGCUCAAUAAAAAAAAAAAUAACAAUGAACAU